AUGGGGCCAAAGAGCAACAUCGUGCAGAGCAUAGCGAGCAAGGUUGGGCGAAAUCUGCACAGGCAGGACGAUCAUCCGCUGCAGAUCAUCAAGACCUGGAUCAACCAGUACUUCCUCGACAAGUACAAAGCUAAGGACGGCAGCUGCAUGUUCACUACGUUCGACGACCUCUCCCCUAUCGUCACUAAGGCCAUGUGCUUCGACGAUCUGCUCACACCCGAGGACCACCCCAGCAGGUCGAGGCAAGAUACCUACUACGUGGAUGACGACAGGCUGCUGCGAUCCCACAUGACGGCCCAUCAGACGACCCUGAUGAGGGAGGGGCACAGGCAAUCCGUGCUCUUCCUUCCUCCUGCCCUGGAGGCUGACGCUUCCCCCAGAGCCUUCCUGUGUACCGGCGAUGUGUACAGAAGGGAUGCUAUCGAUAGCUGUCACUACCCCUGCUUCCACCAGAUGGACGGGGUAAGGAUCUUCAGCUGGGAGGAGCUGGGAGUGGAUUGUCAUGAGAAGGCAGAGGAGAUUGUCCUCAGCGAUCUCAAGAAUGCGCUCGCUGGGAUGAUCGAGGUCGUGUUUGGGAAGGUCGAGAUGAAGUGGACAGAGUCGUACUUCCCCUUCACGCACCCGUCGCUCGAGCUAGAGAUCUUCUUCAACGGGAAAUGGCUGGAGGAGAGGAGAAGCCGGGAAACCCGCCCGACGGCUGACCGUUGGAGCAGAUGGGCCUUCGGGCUGGGACUCGAGCGGCUGGCGAUGAUUCUCUUUCAGAUCCCUGACAUCCGACUGUUCUGGUCAACGGACAAAAGGUUCACAAGUCAGUUCCAAGGCGUCCUCUCCAGCGGGAGGAAGAAUGUUGUGUUCGCUCCCUUCAGCAAGUAUCCAAUCUGCUACAAGGACGUGUCUCUCUGGCAUCCACCUGUGAUGCAUGACAACGAUGUCAUGGAGAUCAUUCGUGAGGUGGUCGGAGACUCCGCCGAAGAUGUAGAGGUCAUUGACGCCUUUGUACACCCCAAGACGGGUCGUUCGUCCAAGUGCUAUCGGAUCAGCUACCGUUCGAUGGAGCGAACUCUGACCAACGUGAGCGCUUGA